AUGGCCGGAAAGCCCCAGACUGUUCCUAUUGAAUGUAGGCUUCCUUCUCAUCCUGUCUCUGACCGAGUCUACGCACUGCCGGCAGCUGAAGCGCAAAACGUCGCCACGACUGAGAAGACUGGAUGCUUCCUUGCCGGUACGCCUUCUCAUGGUGUCAUCACGCACCCCAGCCGCCUUCUCCUCGAUCGAGCACACGGGCUCUUGACUGCGACAGCCCGUUCUAUCUCCGGCUACCAGGCUCCCUCGCCGGACCGUGCUUCCCCGUCGUCCUUGAUAAAAGCAGGUUGCCGCGCUGCUGGAAAUAUCGGGCGUCUAGGUCGCAAAAAAAGCGUGUGUGUGCUCUCGCCCGUGCAUCGACGAUCGACCCACACUCGCCACCGCUGGCAUCGGGCGCAUCCGAUCCGCGCGGGCUGCGCCAGCCCGGCCCAGCCAGCCGCGUCCGUCGCCAUCGGGACAUCGGUCAGCUACAAGGGCGCGUUUUAUCCUCGUCACGACGCCCAAGUGCACGCUCGGGGCACGGGUCGCCGUGUGCUGGCCACAGCGCACAUAACAACAUAUGGGGCAGCGCAACUUCCGUGUGCCGUGGCAGCAGCCGAUCCCGAACAUGCUGCAAAAUUUUUUCAAACUUCAGGUGUCCUGUCACAGAAAAAAAACGCUUGGAAGACGGCGACCGAACAGCGGCGGCCUCGGCGUGUCACUCUCAUUGUGGCGCAUGUUGAUGCAGUGCCGUGGGCCUCGAGUGAGGAGAUCCAAGCGGACGGAGAUUGCGCCCAGUUCGCGUCGACGACGGCGCAGCGUCGUCCCGGCAUUCGUGCCCAUGCAGCACAGCAUGGCAAGUGCCGAGCAGAGCCCGGCGUGCGCGUCAUACCCGUGUUAUUGUUAGCAAGCAUCUUAAAUCAGCAAAGCGACCUAAUCUGA